AUGGCGAAUGACCUGUCGGAACCCAUUCCCUCCCCUGCGCAAGGUGUUGGUCCCAUCUACAGACCUGAUGGCGAAAAGCCCACAGCAACAGUGUCUAAAGACAUACCCUACGAGAAUGUCCACGUGCUGCCUCAAUCCCCCCAAUUGAUCGCUCUGUUGACCAUGAUCAGAGAUAGAAGAACUAGCCGUGCCGACUUCAUAUUUUACUCAAACAGAAUCAUUCGUCUCCUUGUGGAGGAGGGGCUCAACCAUCUGCCAGUCGUUGAACAGUCAGUCACAACACCUGUAGGUCGCGUCUACCUCGGUGUCAGAUUUGAGGGGAAGAUAUGCGGUGUGUCCAUCAUGAGAGCAGGCGAGGCAAUGGAACAGGGAUUGCGGGAUUGCUGCCGUUCAGUCCGAAUCGGAAAGAUUCUCAUACAGCGGGACGAAGAAACAUGCAAGCCAAAGCUAUUCUAUGAAAAGCUUCCUGCUGACAUUGCAAAUCGAUGGGUGCUCCUACUCGAUCCUAUGUUUGCAACAGGGGGUUCUGCAACACUUGCCGUUGAGGUCCUGAAGGCAAAGGGUGUCCCAGAAGAUCGCAUCUUGUUUCUUAACUUGAUAGCGAGCCCUUCCGGGGUUGCGGAUUUUGCAGAGCGAUUUCCCAAGCUAAGAGUAGUUACAGCCUUCAUAGACCAAGGCUUGGAUGAUAAAAAAUACAUCAUCCCAGGGCUUGGGGAUUUCGGCGAUCGAUAUUAUACUCUUUAGCCAACAAACAGGUGCUCCCAAUCAUAAAAUACUCUCCGUGAUUUGGAUCCAAUGAAUUACAGGCUUCUAUCUCAGCAAUGUUAGUGAUGGAUUUCAUUCACACAGCAUUUAAAGUAUAGUAUUUUCCACUAGAUAUCAUGACGCGGGAAUUUCUUUGGGCCUUCAUUUUGUACGUUGCGGUAUACUCUAAGCAUAGAGUCAGUAAUUAUCAGCAUAUGCGUCGACGUGUUCCGCAUCCUCGAAUCCAAUAUCUCG